CCCUCCUUUCUCAAGCUUGGGUUUCACAAUCUCUAUUUUCCAGCUCUACUCAGAGUUCCUGUGCAGACGGUGAAGCACCUAACAGGAUCCUCAUGGAGGUUAUUUAUUAUAUGAACCUUUGAAUAAGCAACCCAUUUUUCUCUGCUUUUAUAUUCUUCUUUUUUUUUUAAAUUCAAUUGGCUGUUGCAUUUAUCAAGUGUGAAAACCUGGUGAACAUUUAGAAAUGGAUGCUGUGAUAUUCUGGUGAAUUCUGUGUGAAGCUGAUCUGAGUUCUACUUUAAGGAAAUGAAGUCUCGAAAAGAGAACAUCAAGUGAUAGAGGGACGUGAAAGCUUCAGAAGCUCAUAAUCUCACGGGCAUCAUGGGCUCUUCAUGCGUUGGACUGAUGUUGAUGUUGCUCAUCAGUUUUCCGGGCUCCAGCGGCGCUUGUCCACGGCAGUGUGCAUGUUCGGUGCCUGCUGAAGUGCACUGCACCUUCCGUGCGCUCCUCGCCGUGCCCACGGGCAUCUCUAAACAAGUGCAGCGCAUUAAUUUUGGGUUUAACACUAUAAAUCACAUCACAGACGUCUCCUUUAGUGGCCUUCGGAAACUAGAGCUGCUGAUGAUGCACGGCAACAAUGUGCAGAAAAUACAAGAUGGGGCUUUUCAAGAUCUUGUUUCCUUACAGAUUUUAAAAAUGAGCUACAACAAACUGAGGGUCAUUACCGGGCACACCUUCUCUGGUUUGACGGGCCUCAUUAGGCUACAUCUGGACCACAACCGCAUAGAGUUCAUCCACCCGGACGCGUUCAGUGGGAUGACAUCACUUCGUCUGCUCCACCUAGAGGCCAACCAUCUGCAAAAGCUCCAUCCUGCUACUUUCAGCACCUUCUCACUGCUACAGCAUUUCCCCAUGUCCAGCCUUAAGCAUCUGUAUCUCUCUGACAACCUCCUCCGCACACUGCCCAGAAACAUGCUGGAGAACAUGCCUCAGCUGGAGAACCUCUUCUUAUACGGCAACCCGUGGAGCUGUGACUGCCGGAUGAGUUGGUUACAGGAUUGGAGUGCACGAAAUUCAGGGGUGAUGAAAUGCAAGAAGGACAGAACAUUUGCCGGCGGUCAGCUCUGUCCACGGUGCGCGUUUCCUAAACACCUUAAAGGAAAAGAAAUCUCGGAUCUCAAAGAGUUUAUCUGCUCUGGACCAGCUAUCAGCUCUCCAGGAAAGAACAUCUCACAUGAGGACAGCAUCAGUGAACUUCUGCCCAUCGACAGGAUCAAACCACCUUUUGGAAAUGUCUCCUUUGGUUUAUCUGACGAGCAUGGGACUAAAGUGGACUUGAUCUGCCAAAUACUUGAACCAAGAGAGUCCACUAAAAUUAGCUGGAAUUACACUAAAUCUCUGCAGAUCGCUGCUAACGUGACACUCUUCUUUGACGUGGAGUGUCCUGUGGACAGAGACAGCUAUGAAAGCUUUUGGAGGCUUCUUGCUUACUACAGUGAAGUUCCCAUGCAUCUGCAAAGAGAAAUCAUGCUGAGCAGAGAGCCAGAGCUGAGCUACAGAUACAGACAGGACAUUGAAAAGGAUUCCUUCUUUUACACUGGUGUCCGAGCUAAUGUUUUAGCCCAUCCACCUUGGCUCAUGCAGUCCUUCAUGAACAUCAAGUUAAACAGGCCUUAUUCCUCAUCAAAAAGCGCGAGACUCAUUCUUAACACUUAUUUGACAACCACCUCAGACAAGGAGCUCGUCAGACCUUGGGUCAUGAUUGAACAUGACAAUAAAACUCAGACGAGCUUCAGUUCUGUUGUCGGUGGAGUGAUUGAAAUGGACUGCCAUGUGCAAAGCUCUGGAAACGCAGCCGUUCAGUGGAUGAUGCCCGAUGGGUUGAAGAUUAAAGCUGCGUCCAGCUCAUCCGACAACAGAGUGACCGUCUCUAGAAGCGGCAAGCUUCACGUUAAAUCUGUCGAGCACAGAGACUCUGGAGUUUAUUACUGCAUUGCUGAGGUCGCAGGAGAUAUCGAUGUUCUGCCUUUCCGUUUAUCAGUUAUGGAGUCUUCAACACCUCUUCCAGGUCAGCAAGUUGGGAAAGCUUUAACCAAGUUUGUUGGCGAGCCUGCUUCUUUGACCUGUCUUACUACAGCAACACCAGAUGCUGUGGUGAACUGGAUAUUUCCAGAUGGCAGUGUACUGAAUGCCAAAGCAAAUACAUCCAGGGCUUUAGUCUUUUCCAACGGGACUUUGUUCCUUCCUUAUAGUCAGCUUGACAACAACGGAUAUUACAAAUGUGUUGCCAUGAACCAGCAUGGUGUGGAUGUACUGGCUACUAAACUAACUGUCAUGAGACGGAGAGGAAUCCAGCCACUUCGACAGUACCCCAUUAGACCGCAGUCUGCUGCAGGAGUGUCCACUAAGGUAAAAGCCUUUUUGGAGGAUGUGGAAGAUGCUUCUGGAGAUGGUUCUGAAACUCAAGAAAGAAUUGUACCAAACAGAAGCUUUAUUAAUCGAAGGAGGGGUCCGAAUGCCAGAACACAAGGCAGUAUCCGCCGUAGACGGCCCUUUAGAAAGGGCAUGCAUGGAGAACAAAACAGAACUGCCUUCACAAAUCCAAGAACUAUUAAUGCGAAGCACAAAAUAGACCCUCAGAAAUGGGCCGAUCUUUUGGCGAAAAUCCGUGAGAAAACAUCUCCAAAAAACUCAUCGAUUCACAUUGGCACUCCAAGGAAAAGUCUACAGAUGGUGAAUGAAGAUCAUCCAGGAUCGAUUGACAACAAUGAGAGUUCUUCUGGUGACUCCGGUCCACGGGAGGAAUCAAACACUUUCAGCACUCCACACCAAACGGAUGUUUACCACACACAUGCAAUUACACCUUAUAUUGAGGGACAAAAUAAUAACAUCUACCAAACGGCAGCUCCAGAAUUACACACUAGUUCAGACGAAGUGGCUUACAUCUCAAAUCCCACAUCUGGACCUCAUUAUGUUAUGACAGAGGUGAAUGUCAACGAAGGAGGGCAUGUGAGCACCAUAAGUGCAAUAAAUAACCAAGUAUACUCCGGGUCUGUCAUCAAACCGAAGUCUGAGACAGAAAAUGAAGUUAAUUUAUCCGGAAAGACUGGGGUGCAGACACAGAUUGGAGGUUUUGAUUCUGGACAGCUUGAAAGCACUUCAUUUUCUACCACAUCAACCAGCAGCAUUAGCCCACGUGCUCCACCGAGUUCAACACAAUCGAGAGCAAAAGAUCACUGGAGCUCGAGGCGAAGAUUUGGAGGCAGACGACGAAUAAAAUUCAGAAGGCCAUUCUCAAACCUUCCUACAAGAAGAACAUCUACAGCUGCAACUAUGAAUGCAGACCCCACACAACCAGCUGAAAACACAUUGAUCCAUCUAGCUACUGCUAACAUUUACUCCACAUCUCCAGCUGAAAGCACGUCAGUCAAUCCAAUUAUCCCAGUAACUGCCCAUAUGUCUGAAUAUCCGACUACUACCCAUAUAUACCCCACAACCCUAACUGAAGGCAUGCCAUCUACUUAUCACAUGAUUCCCACAGUGCAGUGGGAAUUAACAAAUGCCAUAAACGAGGAAGAUACCGUCUCCCUCCCUGUUGAGAAAACUGGUUCAGAAAUUCACCAAGUGAAGGCAAGUCAUUUCCUCCAAAUUCAGGAGAUGACAAGCUCUAGAUCUCACCCCAUGAGCACAACAUCAGCAACAGUGGUCAGGUUUGAAAAUGAAGACAUUACUUCUUUAGAGGAGGAAGAGGGUGAAAGCAUUACGUCUGCAGAGGAGAUUGACGAGUACAUGGUUCCCAUGAGUGAAACUACAACAUCUCGACUUGGCGCUGAAACUGCCCCACUGACAACUGCUCGGCAGGAGUUCACAAGCAUGCUUUCAACAGCGUUACCAAAAGCCAACAAAGAGAUGGAUCCAACAGAGAUUGGCUUUACAUUGGACGCAGAUGUCUUGAACUUACCUGAAUCACACUUUAGAGAUACAUUGGAAGCAACUAGUACUAGAGAAAAUGUUACUUCCAUAGAAGACUCUAUAGUCACCUCCAUGCCACAAUCCCGAGACUACCCACUUUCACAACCAAAUCAAAACAUUAUAGAAGAAGAGUCAGUUUACAACAAGGUAUCUUUUUCCUCAACAACAGAAUCCAUGAUAUCUGUUGGGACACAAACCGAGUCUUUAGCUACAAAUUCACAAAUGCCUACUCAUACUACUCGCAAUGAAACCAAUGUGAUUAACUUAUUACAACCAAACUUGAUUUCUAAAGUUGACCAAAGGGUCAAAGGGUUAGUCCAUGAACUCGAUCAUCCUUUGAUUGAUCCUACAACAUCACUGAAUACUUCACCCACAAUCACAUUACCAGCAACUACAGUCAUGAUUCCCAUUACAACCCAACUCAUUAGAAUAAUGACACCAUCUACAACAGUGUCGACAACAGCCGCAUUAUAUUCUACUACUACUACUACUACUACACCUGCUCUAAAGUUAAUACCCCGAUAUCCUUUACCAGACAACAGAAUCCCAUUUUACUCAAGAUAUCCUGGAACGAAUUACAUUGAUUCCAGGCACAGGGGAAGAAUUCCCAGCCCUAAUCACAGGUAUCCGUACUAUCAUAACAGAAACCCAUCUGUCAAUAUGAGACCCAAUAUUCUCAGAACACUUUCCAUGACCACCUCAUCUGUGGAUUUAAACUCUGUCAACAUCAUCAAAUCAACUAAAGCACCUAAAACAUGGACAACCACUGCUAGAUCAGCCAACUCAAGUCCCACAACUACAUCAAGCAAGACACAGCCAAACAACCAAAUCCAGAUCCAUCAAUCAAUGAACAGACUGUCGAGUGCAGUUCUUUCAUCUCAAGGAUCGCAAACUCUUCCUGUCCUGCAAAUGAGACCCAGAAUCACUGCUGCCAAACUCCACACAGUGACUGUGAAUGCUGGGACAGAUGUAAAGCUACCCUGUGAUUCUGUGGGGGAGCCGAAGCCCCUCCUGACCUGGACCAAAGUCUCCACAGGAGCCAUCAUGUCGACCAAUACCAGAAUCCAGCGGUUUGAAGUCCAAUCCAACGGCACUUUUGUCAUCCACAACGUCCAACUUCAGGACCGCGGGCAGUAUCUGUGCAGCGCUCGCAAUCUACACGGCAUUGAUAAGAUGAUGGUGACCCUGGUGGUGUUGGCCCACGCGCCCAGGAUGAUGCUUCCACGUCAUCGAGAUGUGACGGUGUUUCUAGGAGACAGUGCACUCUUGGAAUGCCAAGCACAGGGUCUCCCAAUCCCAAACAUUAGCUGGGUGCUUCCUGACCGCUCGAUGGUGCGCACCGUUAGUGACAGCGAACAGAAGGUCAUGCUCUUCACCAAUGGGACGCUUCAAGUCAAGCACACCAAUUACCUGGACAAGGGCAUUUACAAAUGCAUAGCGAGCAAUGCUGCUGGAGCUGACGUGCUCUCCGUGAGGCUCCAAAUUGCAGCGUUGCCUCCCACCAUCCAAGAGCAGCGCUGGGAGAACCACACCGUCUCUGAUGGCCAGUCAGCAUUCAUCCACUGCACCGCUAAAGGCUCGCCCAGUCCAGCCAUCCGAUGGGUCACGUUUACCGGCACGCAGCUUCGCCCCUCGCAGUUUGUCAAUAGCAACUUGUUUGUUUUCCCCAACGGGACACUGUUUAUUCGCAGUCCUACAGAGAAGGAUUCUGGGAAUUAUGAAUGUGUGGCUGUGAAUUCUGUGGGUGUGGCUAAAAGGAGUGUAAAUCUGCAGGUGAGGAGGAACUCGACCACCGCCAGGAUCCUGUCCACUUCUGCACACAACACUGUUGUCCGCUACGGAGGUCAGCUGAGUCUCAACUGUUCGGCCACUGGAAGCCCCAAUCCUAGGAUCAUCUGGAGGACACCAUCUAAAAAACUGGUUGAUGCAUAUUACAGCUUUGAUCGCAGAAUGAAAGUGUUCGCCAACGGCACCCUCACCAUCGCAUCAGUGACCGAGAAGGAUGAGGGCGACUAUCUCUGUGUGGCCAGAAACAAAAUGGGUGAUGACUAUGUUCUCCUUAAAGUCAACGUGAUGAUGAAAGCCGCUAAAAUCGACCACAAGUCACUGAGCGAUCACAAGGUGUCGUACGGAGGAGAGCUGAAAGUGGACUGCGUCGCUUCCGGUUUUCCCAAUCCAGAGAUCACAUGGAGUCUUCCAGAUGGUACCAUGGUGAACAGCAUCCUACAGUCCGAUGAUAACUGGGUCCGCACCAAGAGAUAUGUGAUGUUCGACAAUGGCACAUUGUAUUUAAACGAAGUGGGAAUGAAAGAGGAAGGCGACUACACGUGCUACGCCGAGAAUCGGAUUGGGAAAGAUGAAAUGAAGGUUCAUAUCAAGGUCUUGGCAGAUGCACCGAUCAUCCGAAACAACGCUUACAGUGUCAUCAAAGUUCCUUACGGGGAAACCACCAUCCUCAACUGCAGCGCCAAAGGAGAACCGACUCCCACCAUCACAUGGUCGUCUCCGACUCAACGCGUCAUAGUGCCAGUAUCCGACAAGUACCAGGUCACCAACGAUGGCACCUUGCACAUUCAGAAGAUCCAGAGGUUCCACACUGGAAAUUAUACUUGCUCAGCCAGGAAUGUUGUGGGAAUGGACAAGAAAGUCGUUUAUGUUGAAGUCCUUAUGUCAUCGCCGGUCAUCAACGGAUUUGAGAGUCCCGGGAUCAUCCGUAAAACUGUUGUGAAAGAUCAGCGUGUGCUUUUAGACUGCAAAGCAAGCGGAAACCCACUUCCAAGGAUCAUGUGGGUGUUUCCCAACAACAUUGUUCUUCCUGCUCCGCACUAUGGCUCUCGGAUCACGGUCCACCUCAACGGAACGCUGGACAUCCAUUCAGCGCGGAUAAGUGAUUCUGUUACCUUGCUUUGCAUUGCACGCAAUGAAGCUGGAGAAACCAAACUUCAGGUUCAACUUGAGGUGACUGAGGAUGUUGAAAAGCCACGGUUGAGAAGUCCGCCUACAGAGUCCGUCCUGCUUACCAAUGGGAUAUCAGUGAGUCUAAACUGUUCCGUAGAGGGAAGACCAACUCCGGAGAUCACUUGGAUUCUUCCCAAUGGGACUUCUCUUCUCAGGGGAACCAGCAUUUUCCGUUUCAAUCACCGGUUUGAUGGAACGCUGGUCAUUAGAGAGCCGACGGUUUCCGAGGUGGGCCAAUAUCGCUGCGUUGGGCGCAACAGCGCCGGAUAUGUCGAGCGGUCCGUGACAUUGGAGCCCAACAGAAAGCCAGACAUCGUCAACCAAUACAGCUCCCUCGUCAGCAUCAUAAAUGGUGAGAAUCUGCAGCUCAAUUGUUUGUCCGCUGGUCAUCCGUUUCCCAAACUCACGUGGACCUUGCCGAACGGAGUCAUCCUAACCAGGCCGCAGGCGACGGGACGUUACGCUGUUCUGAAUAACGGCACUCUGACUGUCCAAAGGACAUCUGUGUACGACAGGGGAAUGUAUGUCUGCCAGACCAUUAAUGAACACGGAUCUUCCAGUUUGUCGGUUUCGGUGAUAGUUAUCGCGUAUCCUCCGCGUAUAACCAGUGGACCCGCGCCGGUGACCUACGCCAGGCCAGGUGUGGCGGUUCAGUUAAACUGCAUACCUCUUGCCACACCUAAAGCCGAGGUGGUUUGGGAAAUGCCCGACGGCCUUCAGCUGAAGGUUGGCGUCCAGCCGCGUCUUUAUGGAAACAAGUAUCUCCAUCCGCAGGGUUCACUGGUCAUUCAGAACCCUUCCAGCAGAGACAAUGGCGUCUAUAAGUGCACUGCCAAAAACGUGGUGGGUAGCGACAGCCGAUCAACUUACGUUUAUGUGUUUUGAUACGAACUGACUAACUUUACAGACAUGCCCGAAGAACUGCGUUAGACAAUGUAGUGUUGUUUAUACAAAAACAGUGGACUUUUGGAAACACAGUAUGUGCUUUGAACACUUUCUACUGACCGUCUUGUAAAUAUGAAAACAUGAUAUUUUAAUCCACUUCAAAUGAAGCAAAUCGGAGAGAGAAGCAAGUUGGUUACAUUAAUGGAUAUGUUUAUUAAUGGAUAUGUUUAUUAUGGGAAUUAAAGGGAUAGUUCACCCAAAAAUUUAAAUUCUGUCAUUAUUUACUCACCCUCAUGUUGUUCCAAAGUGAUGACAGAAUUUUCAUUUUCGGAUGAAACUAUCCCUUUAAAUUGAUACUCAAUCAGAAUUUGCACACAUUGAAUUCUCUGCAAAUUUAAUUAAUUUUUACACAUGCUUGUUUGUUUAUUUAAUGUUUUGGAUUUUAAUUGUGCUUUCAUUCAUCAAUAAGGGCACAGAAGCAUCAGCACCAUUUGACACAUUUUACCAUUAAAUUCAUUGGUGUAACUUUACAAUAAGGUCCCAUUAGUUAAUGUUAGUUAAUGCAUUAAUUAACAUUGACCAAUAUUGGUGAAUUUCACUCCCAUUUAGCAGAUGCUUUUAUCCAAAGCAGUAGUGAUGGAAAUUACUGAUGUGGGACAAAUGCAAUGGCAAAUCAGCAUUCAGUCAUUUUCUCUUUCAAACAGUAAGAAUUCUUACUAAUAAUAUUUACUUGUACAUAUAACGGCUGUGUCUCAAAACCAGUGAACUCCUACUAACUACAUGGGCAUCUAUCUUGACUAACAUUUAUAUUUAUGUAUUUUUGUCGCAAAAGUUUGAUCCAAAGUGCUUACAAUAGAGGAACAACAGCAACUGGUCACAGAGCCAACAAUAUUCAUAGUGAACAAUGUCAGGUUUAUUAGAAAGCUAGAUUGCUACACUGCAAAAAAAAAAUUUUAGUAUCUUUGUCUUGUUUUCCAGCACAAAUAUCUAAAUAUUCUUAAAUCAAGAUACAUUUACUGGAGAAGCAAAAUGACUGAAGAUAUUAAGUCUUGUAUGCUGAAAAAAAUCAUAAAAAUUUAGUGAGCUUAAGUUGAAAACAACUUGUACAAAGAAUAAAUAUCUGCCAAUGAGGUCAGAAAAAUAUAAGUAAUUCAAAGGAAAAACAAGAUUCUUUUUCAGCGCCCUAGCAACCACCCUGAGCACCCAAGCUGCCGCAUAGCAACACCCUAGCAACCACCCAGAGUAUCCUAGAAACCACAUCGCAACACCCUAACAACCCACCAGAGUAUCCUAGAACCACAUAGCAAUACCCUAACAACCACAGAGAGUAUUCUAGAAACAACAUAGCAACACCCUAACAACCACAGAGAGUAUCCUAGAAACCACAUAGCAACACCCUAACAACCACCCAGAAUAUCCUAGAAACCACAUAGCAACACCCUAACAACCACCCAGAAUAUCCUAGAAACCACAUAGCAACACCCUAGCAACCACCCAGAAUAUCCUAGAAACCACAUCGCAACACACUAACAACCCACCAGAGUAUCCUAGGAACCACAGAGCAAUACCCUAACAACCACAGAGAGUAUCCUAGAAACCACAUAGCAACACCCUAACAACCACCCAGAGUAUCCUAGAAACCACAUAGCAACACCCUAACAACCACAGAGAGUAUCCUUGAAACCACAUAGCAACACCCUAACAACCACCCAGAGUAUCCUAGAAACCACAUAGCAACACCCUAACAACCACAGAGAGUAUCCUAGAAACCGCAUAGCAACACCCUAACAACCACCAGAGUAUCCUAGAAACCGCAUAGCACCCUAACAACCACAGAGAGUAUCCUAGAAACCACAUAGCAAUGCCCUAACAACCACCCAGAGUAUCCUAGAAACCACAUAGCAACACCCUAACAACCACAGAGAGUAUCCUAGAAACCACAUAGCAACACCCUAACAACCACCCAGAGUAUCCUAGAAACCGCAUAGCAGCACCCUAACAACCACCCAGAGUAUCCUAGAAACCACAUAGCAACACCCUAACAACCACAGAGAGUAUCCUAGAAACCACAUAGCAACACCCUAACAACCACCCAGAAUAUCCUAGAAACCGCAUAGCAAACGAUUUGUCUGAGAGACUUAAAACCUUCAAACUAAGCUUUUAAAAUGGAUUCAAACUUAAAGCCUUCAAGCUUUUUAAACUCUCUUCCUCUCUCUAUCUAAACUAUUUUGCACUUCAAGCUAUUACAAUUACUUCAAACUUUCAGGUUAGGCUUUCCCAAGCCAACAUCAAAGUUUGUUUACGUUUAUUCAUCUAGUUGUCCUAGUUUUAAGCAUAAACUAACUUUAUUUUGAUUAUUUUUUUUCAGAAAACAAGACUUAAUAUCUUCAGUCAUUUAUCUUCUCCAGUAAAUGUAUCUUGAUUUAAGAAUGUUUAUAUAUUUGUACUGAAAAACAAGACAGAAAUACUGAGUAAUAACUCAUUUUUUGCAGUUGAUCACUGCACUGUUCAUGUGUAAAGUGAACCUAAUCGCUUAUACUGCAAGUAAUGAGUAAGAGCAUGAAAUACAGAUGCUUUCAUCAGUUUAAUAUUAGUAUGGAGCAUAAUUUUAAAUGCAAUUACACAUUCUUAUUCUAAUUGGACUUAUUGGUGCUUUUCAUUAUUGAAACAUAUUUUCUAAUUGUGUGUCAUCUUGGAAAUGUUUUGCUAGGCUUGGCUCAAUGCAUUUUACACUUUAUGCAAUAUGAUUCCUCAGAUUUUGGCAAAGAAUAAAUAAGAGACAGUAGUAUGAUUUCACUAGCUACAGCCUUUGUAUCAGAUCAAAAAACCUUUUUAUCAGGUUUUGAGGCACAGCUACUCGAGGUGCUUGGCUAACAUGAAAAUAUAGAAAUUUAUUUAUAUAUUAAAUUUAAUCAGGGAUUACUUCCAGUGCACAAUAUUGUUAAGCAAUUUAUAAUUUCUCUUGCCACAUUAACAAUGAUGUUGUUCUACUUCUGCACUGAAAAACAAAAUUGGUGUAGAAACAAUUUUUUUAUUCAGAGUAAAUUUCACAAACAAUUACAAAGGAAAGGCAAGUAACACAUUGAAUUACACGUGAAGAUAUGAAGUUGAAGUAUUUUAGGUGUUGUUGUAAAUUGUGCUCCAAAAAUCUUUGGUUUAUUUACAACUUACAACUACAAUGAGGUAAAUAAUGUAAACAGCGACCUGCAGCUUGUCUUUAGUAGAAACUGUGGUGAAAUAAAGUUACAUUAGACUGAAUAUUGUUCACAUAAAAUAGUCUUAGAUCUGUUUAUGCCUUCUCUGUAUAUCAUCUCUCUUUUAUUUUAAUAAAUUAUUUGUCCACAUCAUAACUGAAU